UUAAAAAGAGACCAGCAAUUUCUUUAUUGUUUGUACAGACAUUCACUAUUCUCACUCACACACACACACACACUGCUGUUGCGAUGGCUGAGGUAGGGGGCUUUCUUGGAUCUCUGGAUUUGGAUUUGCAUGGAUUUUCCUCCUCUCUUGGGAAUGUUGCUUUAGCUGAUUCUCCUGGUUUUUUGAAUGAGAGAUUGGGCCAGAUUGAAGGAAGGCUCCAGAGGGGAUCUCCCACUGACUUUGCCCACCUUAAAGGUAUCCUCAGGCGGAGGCAGCUCUACUGCAGGACGGGCUUCCAUCUGGAAAUCUUCCCUAAUGGCACGGUGCAUGGCACCAGGCAGGAUCACAGCAGAUUCGGGAUUUUGGAGUUCAUUAGCCUGGCGGUGGGGCUGGUUAGUAUCCGUGGGGUGGAUUCAGGACUCUACCUCGGAAUGAAUGAGAGAGGCGAGCUGUAUGGGUCGAAGAAACUUACGAGGGAGUGCGUUUUCCGAGAGCAGUUUGAAGAAAACUGGUACAACACCUAUGCCUCGACCCUCUACAAACAUUCCGACUCUGAAAGACAGUAUUAUGUGGCUUUGAACAAGGAUGGCUCACCUCGUGAAGGAUACAGGACUAAGAGACACCAGAAGUUCACUCAUUUUUUACCCAGACCUGUGGACCCUGCUAAAAUACCUGCAAUGUACAGAGAACUUUUCCACUAUAGGUGAUAUUUCCUGCAGCUGUCCAAUCAAUGUACAUACUUGGGUUCCCAAGCUUUUUCCUGGAGCAUUAUAUUAAUAGUCAUUCCAUCAUUCCUAUAAACUUAGAUAACAUAGAAAAGCACUUACCUUGAAUUCAACA